UGGGGUGAACUUAGUACAAUAUAAUGCAGUAAUGUCUCUUUAAAAUCCGCGCUCCUUUAUCCUUUUUGUUGCCAAUGCUGCACGGUUUUAAGUUAAACGCGCGCCCAGCACGCAUGCCCUGUGCUGAACCCAAGUCCCAUCUAAGGAUGAGCGAGAAUAUAUCCGGUUGCAAUUGACUGGCAACGGCAGCCGGAGAACUAAAAGUGGCAUCCUCCCACGGGACCUCACAGCAACUGCGCUGCGCACCGCAAAGGACGAAGACGACAGUGGACUUUAGGACUAAUGUAAUGAGCCCAUAGUAUGGACCAGCGAUGUUGUCCAGAAAAGGACUCGUUCCCGAGGAUUAUUUGUUGACUCGAUUGGCGGAAGAUGUGUUACAACAACCGAAAUUCAAAACGAAACAGCGGAAAGCGCGAUUCGUCGCCAAGAACGGAAGAUGCAACGUUGCGCACACGAACAUACGCGAGCAGGGCCGGUUUCUGCAGGACGUUUUCACCACGCUGGUGGACCUGAAAUGGCUUCAUACUUUAUUUAUAUUUACCAUGUCCUUCUUGUGCAGUUGGCUUCUGUUCGGGAUGAUCUGGUGGCUCAUCGCCUUCGCGCACGGAGACCUGGAGGUGAAACAUGAGAGCUUCGUGCCGUGCGUUACGGACAUCCACUCGUUCUCCUCUGCGUUUCUGUUCUCGAUCGAAGUCCAGGUGACCAUCGGCUUUGGAGGCCGGAUGAUCACGGAGGAGUGCUUAUCGGCCAUUAUUGUAUUGAUCGUACAAAACAUAGUGGGUUUGGUGAUCAAUGCCAUUAUGCUAGGAUGCAUCUUUAUGAAGACGGCUCAAGCCAACCGCCGCGCAGAAACGCUCAUCUUCAGCAAACACGCUGUUAUAACAGUCCGCAACAACAAGCUGUGCUUUAUGUUUCGCCUCGGUGACCUGAGGAAAAGUAUGAUCAUAAGCGCAACCGUUCACAUGCAAGUGGUGAGGAAGACCGUCACCCACGAAGGCGAACUGGUGCCGCUGGAUCAGAUAGACAUCCAGAUGGACAACCCGGUGGGCACCAACAGCAUCUUUCUAGUGUCCCCUCUCAUCAUCAGUCACACUAUAGAUAAAAACAGCCCUUUGUAUGAUCUCUCUGCUGACGAACUGCUGAAUAAAGACAUCGAGGUGAUCGUCAUACUAGAAGGGGUUGUGGAGACCACCGGUAUCACCACCCAAGCGCGGACCUCUUACCUGUCCGAAGAGAUAUUAUGGGGGCAGAGGUUUUCGUCCACGGUGUCAGAAGAGGAUGGGAUGUAUGCUGUGGACUAUUCAAAGUUUGGAAACACGAUUAAAGUGCCCACGCCGAGCUGCAGCGCGCGGACGCUAGAUGAGGAGGGAGGGAUGGAGAGGUUCAGAGCGCGCGAGUCCACCAGUUUUGGGGCUACCGUCAGAAGAAGACUGAAACAUCAAAACACCAAAGUGGCAUAAAUUUAGGCGUUUAAUGUAUUUUUAGAUUCAAAUACCAGACGUUUGUUUGUGUUUACAUUCAACGUAAAAGCAGGAAUUAUAAUGUAGGGAGGACAUUCAAUUUUAAGAAAUACGGAUGCACUGUAUAUUUUCUGUAUAUUUCUAAAUAUCAAAAUAUAUUUUAUUGCGAUUUAUGCACGUUUGAUUAAAGCUCUCAGGGUAUUGAAUGAUAAACUAUGCACAUGGUUCAAGAUAACGCAUGACGUUUACGCGAUGCCCUUGUUUUAUGCUUGCCUUGUUAUUUAAAUAAACCAGUUUGUUUGUAUUGUUUCUUUAUGUAUACAUUUAAAGCAGCAUUAUUUUUAAAGAAAAAGUAGCGGUCAAGUUUUAAAGUCAAACUAGAUUUCUGAAGGUUAUAAGGUUACGAAUUACAGCUACUUUGGGCAACCUCGUGAAUAAUAGUAAGCAUUUGUUGCCAGGGUUGCAAGUUUACAAACCUUAUCUUAUGAAUAUUAAUUAGCACAUACUGGAGUUGCUUGGCAACUUUCCGAAGCGUCCAAAGCACGCAUGCGUCAAGCACGUAUACGCUCACUAAAAUAGAGAACGGCUGCUAUCGUGUGUCCAAGGUGAGGUAGUGCAGGAUG